UCGAUGUGACACCUCUGUCAGAGACGAGCUCUGAUCGAUGUGACACCUCUCUGUCAUAGACGAGCUCUGAUCGAUGUGACACCUCUCUGUCAGAGACGAGCUCUGAUCGAUGUGACACCUCUCUGUCAUAGACGAGCUCUGAUCGAUGUGACACCUCUCUGUCAUAGACGAGCUCUGAUCGAUGUGACACCUCUCUGUCAGAGACGAGCUCUGAUCGAUGUGACACCUCUCUGUCAGAGACGAGCUCUGAUCGAUGAAACGUCAUUGGGCCUUUAAAGUUAAGUAUAAAACUGUUCUUUUAUAUUUCCACGGAGCGCUUUAUCCACUCAGCCAAUCAGCACGCGGUUCCGGUCUGGCCCGCCUACAAUGUUUUGCUGACGGGCCAAUCAGGGAGCUCCUUCCGGACGCCAUUUUGUCAGUCGGAGCGGUGUGCGCGGGGUCUCCGACGGCGCGCUGCAUGGGACCUGUUGCUCUAGUUCCGCGUUGUGCGAUGGACGGCAGUGUCCACCAAGAUUUAACAGGUGGUACUAAGGACUCAUCAAAGACACUGAUCCCAGCAGCAUUGAUGUCUCUCUGAGGACAAACUGUCCUUUAGUUUCUUCUCUGCUGACACGUCUUCUGCUGUUUCAGAGAGGAUCUGAAGAGCUAUUCCCCAGCGUCUCCACCGGCCCAUAUAUCAUGAGCGCCACAGCCAAUGGAAACGACAGUAAGAAGUUCAAAGGAGACAUACGAGGUCCCGGGGUGCCGUCCAGGGUCAUCCACAUCCGCAAGCUCCCCAACGACAUCAGCGAGGCCGAGGUGAUCAGCCUCGGCCUGCCGUUCGGAGACAUCACCAACCUGCUGAUGCUCAAAGCCAAGAACCAGGCCUUCUUGGAGAUGAACUCAGAGGAAGCGGCUCAGAACAUGGUGGGUUAUUACUCCACAGUGAUGCCCAUCAUCAGGAACCAUCUGGUCUACGUCCAGUUCUCCAACCACAAGGAGCUCAAGACGGACAGCUCCCCCAAUCAGGAGAGGGCCCAGGCAGCUCUUCGUGCCCUCACUACGUCUCAUGUGGACCCAGCUAUGUCGGCUCCGAGUGCCGUGCUGAGAGUCGUGGUGGAGAACCUGGUCUACCCCGUCACCCUGGACGCGCUCUGCCAGAUCUUCUCAAAGUUUGGCACGGUGCUGCGGAUCAUUGUCUUCACCAAGAACAGCCAGUUCCAAGCUCUGCUGCAGUAUGCCGACGGAGCGGCCGCCCAGUCAGCUAAACUGUCUCUGGACGGACAGAACAUCUACAACGGCUGCUGCACGCUGAGGAUCAGCUUCUCCAAACUCACCAGCCUCAACGUCAAGUACAACAACGAGAAGAGCCGCGACUUCACCAGGCCAGACCUCCCCACCGGGGACAGCCAGCCCACCAUGGAGCACCCGGCCAUGGCCACUGCCUUCACUCCAGGGAUCAUCUCCGCUGGUCCGUACGCUGGAGCGACUCACAGCUUUUCGCCAGCCUUCACCCUGCAGCCUGCUAUGUCCUCCCACUACCCAGGACUGGUCCCCACCCUGCCCGGGGCCCUGGCCUCUCUAGCCCUCCCCGGGGCCCCCAGACUGGGCUUCCACCACAUGGCGGCCGGGGUCUCUGUCCUGCUGGUCAGCAACCUGAACCCUGAGAGAGUCUCGCCCCACUGCCUCUUUGUCCUCUUCGGUGUUUACGGCGACGUGAUGAGAGUCAAGAUCUUGUUCAACAAGAAGGAGAACGCUCUGGUCCAGAUGUCAGACUGCACGCAGGCCCAGCUAGCCAUGAGCCACCUGAGCGGCCAGCAGCUGCACGGGAAGUCUCUGCGCAUCACGCCGUCCAAACACAGCAGCGUCCAGCUGCCCCGCGAGGGCCACGAGGACCAGGGCCUGACCAAAGACUACAGCAACUCCCCCCUGCACCGCUUCAAGAAGCCCGGCUCCAAGAACUACUCCAACAUCUUCCCCCCCUCUGCCACCUUGCACCUGUCCAACAUCCCCCCGUCGGUGGUGGAGGACGACCUCAAGAUGUUGUUCUCCACCUCAGGAGCCAUGGUCAAGGCCUUCAAGUUCUUCCAAAAGGACCACAAGAUGGCUCUGAUCCAGAUGGGCUCAGUGGAGGAGGCCAUCGAGUCCCUCAUCGAGUUCCACAACCACGACCUGGGAGAGAACCACCACCUGCGGGUCUCCUUCUCCAAGUCCUCCAUCUGAGCCCCGGAUGGAUCCACUACACUCCGAUCAUUCCUCCGGUCUGCAGCAGCCACGAGAAAUCUGGUGUGACGUUAACUUAUUGUAGCUCAUCUUAGGUCCUUCAGGACGAUUAGGGUUCCUUUGAGAACCGUUGGAGGAAGAUCAGAACCAUCGUCUCCUUGUUUUUAGGUUGUUUCCUUUUAGCCACCUUUGCCUUUUUACUUUAAUCCUGGAUUGAAGGGAUUAGAGUCGGCCUUCUAAACUUCUCUGGAAUGCGGACGAAGGUUUAGUAAAUCCCGACUUCACUGCCCCCCCAGAUCUUAGUCCAGACUUUGAUCAGAUGAUCCUGUGCCUUAAUCCUGCAGUCUCAAUGCUAAAAAGUCCCAUGAUGCCUCUGGGCAGCAGCGCCAAGGUUUACAUCUGGAAGCGGUUUACUGGUGUCGUGGUCUACUGGUCCUCGCGGUCCUCGUAUAUCUUUUAUUGGUGUUGUUUUGUUCUGCUGGUGACGGAGCGUCAAACAUGUGAACUCUUCUCGACGCUCUUUUGUUCUUUUCCUCUGAGUUUAUUCUUCAUCUUUAUUUCCAUGUAUGCAAUCACGUUUUAUUCAAAUCAAAUAUUGUAGCAAUAUUUUAAUCAUUCCUGAACUUUUUUGUGUGUUUUUUGUUUCUGUGGGUUUUCUGUUAGAGCUGAAACGGUUUAUUUAUUAGUUUGUGAUCCACUACAGCUGAAACCAAAAACGGCCUUUUAGAUGCAAACGAACCUGCCUCCGGGUCCUGGUCUAGAGGACUAGACGGAUGGGUAACCGGUUCAGACUUUGGGAAUGUUUUGGGACUUCUGUGGAGUGCCUUCAAGACGGACAUCAGGUAUUAAUCCCUCUUCACUCUGAGAUGAAGAAGAAGAAACCCGGUCCCUCAAGCUGAACCCACAAGGUGCUGGUUUAGUUUCUGUAUCUUAAUAUCACGUCAACAUUCCAGCUGCUCAGACCUCUGAACCCAACGUGGUGCAUUCAGGACGCCUGGGACGUAUGGUAGACGUGUCCACAUUUAGGUACUUCCUCCACAUCCUGGAUGAGAUGAGAUGACGUCAUGAGGGUGGAUGAGAGGACAUGACGUCAUGAGGGUGGAUGAGAGAUGACGUCAUGAGGGUGGAUGAGAGGACAUGACGUCAUGAGGGUGGAUGAGAGGACAUGACGUCAUGAGGGUGGAUGAGAGGACAUGACGUCAUGAGGGUGGAUGAGAGGACAUGACGUCAUGAGGGUGGAUGAGAGGACAUGACGUCAUGAGGGUGGAUGAGAGAUGACGUCAUGAGGGUGGAUGAGAGAUGACGUCAUGAGGGUGGAUGAGAGAUGACGUCAUGAGGGUGGAUGAGAGAUGAUGUCAUGAGGGGCGGACCGUUGGAAAUUCUGAGUUUUCUCUGUGCCGGACGUUUUCCCAGGUGACUUGAAUGCAUCAGAGCCGUGGGGGCGGGGCCAGUCGUCAGCAGGAGUAGUAGUCUUAGAGCCCAGUUCUGUGUCUGACAGGCUGGUCGUGGUUUUAUAUCUGGUGUAUAUUUUGAUUCUGAGCCUUCGACUGUUUGUGUCACGAAGACAAAAAAAACCUAAACAGAUUAAAAAUCACUUUUUAUCUA